UUUUUUGUUGUCAUUAAUAUUUUGGAAUCACUUUGGAAAUGCUUUAAGUAGAGGUGGAAAGACGGUCAUUUAAUAUAUAAAUAAAAAACACAAAACUAAAUUUUACAUAUAAUUUUAAUUAAAAUCAAUUGUUUAGUAUAAAACUUAAAAACAAAAGUUGUGAAAUUAUUGUUACAUGUUAACCGAACAUGUAUAAGCUUUAAUAUUAAAAAUAGACGGAAAUCAUCAAUAAUUAAAGUAAAACAAAUUGAAAACUAGACCACGCAUUUGGUCAAGCUCCCACACCCUCUAAUUUCAUCGGCAGGACACACACAAACUUAAGAAAUGCUAUCUCGCUUGCGUGAUUUCGGUACACGCCACCGAAAAAAAUUUAUUGUUACAGGAAUACUAAUAGGAGGCACGUACUUUGCUAUUAGAUAUGCACAAAACAAAUUACUAGAGUUCCAAGAACGGCAAGCGAAGGAAUACUUUGAAAAAACAAGACGUCUGCAACAUUUCGAGGCCACAGAGCGAACGUGUAAUCAAGUUAUUUUAGGAAUGGGAACGGAAUUGCUUGAUACCAUUCUGAAAGAGUGCAGUACUACGGAAUUGUUAGAACAGCUACGACAAAAUCCCAGUAAUAAGGUGGAACUCUGGGAAGAAAUGAAAAUUGUUUCUUUUACGCGUUUAACGACAAUUAUUUAUGCAACCUCAAUGCUUUCUAUCGCAUUACGAGUACAACUUAAUCUACUUGGUGGAUAUUUGUAUAGAGAUGUUACCUCAGAAAAUAUACAAAUAAAUGACGAACUUAAACAGACAUACUUAUCACUUAUCGGUCACUUCAUACAUGAUGGCGGUCUCAAGGAAUUAAUACGUGUUAUACGCUCAAAGAUAAUGGCCAUUUUAAAACCAUUGCCUUUGUCGAAACAAUUAACACUUUUAGAUAUUGAGCAACUGUUUUGGUCAAUUCAAAUGGCAGUUAAUAGUGAUUCUGACGACCCAAACACAAAAAUGAGCCAAUAUCUGCUACCACGUAAAAUAUCAGAUUUCCACAUGAAUGGACCGUUAUUAGAGAAAUUGUUCAAUGAAACAUUGGAUGUGCUUGAAACGGAAGAUGCAACAAAUAUCUGUUCGAAUAAUAUCAGUCGCGGUUUCUCACUAGCAGUCGACGCUAUUGCAGAAAAUUUAAGUGAAACCAUACAAAUAACAAAUCGCGAAACAAAGAAAGAUAUAAACGUUGAUGACGACAGUUCCCAAAAUAAUAACGCCGUGCUUAACAUCAACAAUGUACACAUUGCUCUAGCAAAAGUUAUUCCAAUUGUAAGUGGCAUAACAUCCAGAGGAUUUGAUAAUACAAAAUCGCCACAGAACCUCCCCACAUCACUUUUAACCUUCUAUGUUGUAGCUGAAAAAAUUAAAACUCUUGGAGCAAACGUUUAUGAAUCAUUUUCCUCUGUACCUGAACUCAAAAAGGUCUAACGACAAUUUGCAUCGAUAGAAAAUGCAAUUAGGGAACUAUUAAUAAAAAUUUAAAUCCGAAAAAGAAAAUAGUUUUCUCAAAUACUAAUCGUAAAGGAAUAUAAUAUGUAGGGUGUGCUAGGUAUAUGAAUUUUUAUGCAUGUAACAAAUAUUUUAGGCGAAAAUUUCGCAUUUUUACAAUGUCCACUAAAAGUAAAAACAUCAUUCCUUAAGAAUAAUGAAGUUAAUAUUGUAAGAUUUCGUAUUGUAAUGACAAAUUUAUUUUUUAUGUUUU